AACUCUUCAUCUCCUGUCGUGUCUAACAGGGUCAAAUAAUGAAGGUCAAAAGGUCAAAGGUCAGCUUGACUGUGACAUCAUCAUGUUUUAACAUCAUAUCUCAGGAACAGAAGGGGAGACAUUUGGUCAGAUACUGAAUUGGUGACUCUAAUCUUGAAACUGUGCUGAUUGUAUAGAUCUUCUGUGUGUGAAGCAUCCAUGUUUUAGAGUCUGAAGCUUCUUUGCAGCAACAUGCAGAUUUGAAGCUUUGUCUCCUGCGACGGCUCCACGUGAGUCUGGACUCGUACUGGGUUUAAACUGGAACUGAAACAUGACCAGUCUGUGGAGGCAGUUAUACUAAUUUCCUCCAGGUGCUCUGACAUGUUCUCCCUGUGUCAGCGUGGGUUUCCUCCAGGUGCUCUGACAUGUUCUCCCCGUGUCAGCGUGGGUUUCCUCCAGGUGCUCCGACAUGUUCUCCCUGUGUCAGCGUGGGUUUCCUCCAGGUGCUCCCACAUGUUCUCCCUGUGUCAGCGUGGGUUUCCUCCAGGUGCUCUGACAUGUUCUCCCUGUGUCAGUGUGGGUUUCCUCCAGGUGCUCCGACAUGUUCUCCCUGUGUCAGCGUGGGUUUCCUCCAGGUGCUCCCACAUGUUCUCCCUGUGUCAGCGUGGGUUUCCUCCAGGUGCUCUGACAUGUUCUCCCUGUGUCAGCGUGGGUUUCCUCCAGGUGCUCCCACAUGUUCUCCCCGUGUCAGCGUGGGUUUCCUCCAGGUGCUCUGACAUGUUCUCCCUGUGUCAGCGUGGGUUUCCUCCAGGUGCUCCCACAUGUUCUCCCCGUGUCAGCGUGGGUUUCCUCCAGGUGCUCCCACAUGUUCUCCCCGUGUCAGCGUGGGUUUCCUCCAGGUGCUCUGACAUGUUCUCCCCGUGUCAGCGUGGGUUUCCUCCAGGUGCUCUGACAUGUUCUCCCCGUGUCAGCGUGGGUUUCCUCCAGGUGCUCCAGCUUCAAGGCAGAGGCACCGUGAGGUCUCUGGGCCGUGGCUGCUGACAUAUAUAACAGAACCACAGCGUGUGGACUCUGAGCUGUGGUUGGUGACGAUCAUUAUCAGACUCCAUCUCCAGUGUUGAACACCGUCAGUGCUGUGACGGAGCUGUUUGAAGGAGUCACAGGUGAAACAGGUGGAACUUUGUUGUGCAGCAGAAGGAACAGUGUAACUUCCUGUCAGUGAGAGGACCAGCUGUCCUGAUGAUGUCACAGUCUGUGUGUUUACUUCACUCAAACUGCUGAAAUCUUUUCCCACAAUCCUCCUGUGCUCCCUGAAGCUCAGACACCUUCUGUGUCACAUGACCUGUGAUCAGGCUGAUAAUCCCGGCUUACACCUGCAGCAGUGUUUGUGUGUAAAGUCUGACCUGAGGUGGAUUAAUGGCGUCCGCUCGGAGGAACGCAGAGAGCUUGUAGAUGUUGUUUCUACCAGACGGCUCCCGGAGGCGACCUCUGACCCCGGCCGAGGCCUCCCCGACC